AUGCCCGAAGAACUAACCGAAUCAACUGUUGACAAUAUGCUUGUUCCAGCCAUUUUGACACCAUCGUCAUUGACUAACACCGAACAUAUACCUGUUAAACGUGAUGAAACACGCUAUCCUCGAAUGACCAAAGAGUUCAUUAAGAAACAUUGCAAAGAACAUAAACUAUAUCAAACACCUUAUUUAAACGAUGUUCUUUAUUUGCAUUUCAAAGGAUUUGGUCGGAUUGAGAAUUUAGAAGAAUAUGUUGGAUUGAAGUGUCUCUGGUUAGAAUCUAAUGGCAUUCAACGUAUCGAAAAUCUUGAUCAUCAAUUGGAACUACGUUGUCUUUAUUUACACCAAAAUUUAGUCAGUCGGAUCGAAAAUUUGGAUCAUUUACAACAUUUAGACACGAUUAAUUUAUCGAAUAACUACAUAACUAAAAUUGAAAAUCUUUCAAUGCUACCCAAAUUGAAUUCGUUGUAUCUAUCGCAUAAUAAGCUUGAAAGUGUGGAAGAUAUUGAACAUUUGAAAGAAUGUAAAACAUUGAGUGUUGUCGAUUUGUCACACAAUGCUAUUGAUGAUCCAGAUGCUGUGGAAGUUUUCAGUCAAAUGGCUAAUAUCCGUGUCAUCAAUUUGAUGGGCAAUUCAUUAUUGAAAAAUGUAAAAGAUUAUCGACGAACAAUGACACUUGGAUGUGUGAAUUUAACUUAUCUUGAUGAUCGUCCAGUCUUUCCAAGAGACCGAGCAUGUGCAAAUGCAUGGGCUCAAGGCGGCCGAGAAGCUGAACGUGAAGAGCGGCAAUUAUGGGAAACGCCCGAACGUAAACGCAGCACGAAGCCUGUUGGUGAUGUGAUGUACAUACGUCGACACUUUCUGGGUGAUCGCGGUGAGAGUGAAGUCGAUAUCGAACAAAGUGAGAAGGAAUUACGGGGCGAAACGGAUGUGGUCGGUGAGGAAAACGCUGAAGAACCGCCGCCAUUGGAAGAUAUCAGUGAACCGGAAUCAGAAAACGAGAAUGAAGAUGAAAACAACAAUGACAUUCAACCAGAGAAAGAGAAAGACGAAACUAGUAUCAAUGAUGUAUCCACUGAAAAGCCGAAAGAAAAUGAUAUUGAUAUUCCAUUCAUUCGGCCACCAUUACAAAAUAUCGAGAGUCGAGAGUCAUUUGAUACGAUAUUCGGUGCAUCUCAAAAAUCAAGCACUAAUGCAAGUGAAAAACCAGUAAGAUUGAAAAUAGUCGACAUGGACGAUAUCGAUGAAGAUGAAGCAUCAAUCAAACCACACGAUGAUCAACCAAUGGAAUCGAACCUACCCUCAUCAUCCGCAACGACAACGACGACGACGACACGAAAAUUGAUUGAAGAAUUAUAA